GCUGGGAGAGACGAGAGGGGGCGGGCCCGGCUGCGUUCGCCCAGCCAGCGCUUGGGAGCAGCGGGCGUCCGAACCCGAGACCACAGCUCAGCGACUCCGAUCGUGACACCGGCCCCCGCACGAUUCCCCAGGGCCCCGCCUAGGGAGCAGUCCCUGCUUGCAGCCUUGGGUCCUCUCCCAGAAUCCCAGAGACUCUAAGCUGCGAGCAGACGUGGGCCCCUGGGAAGCGAGGUCCCCAGACCAGAGAGGACACGCGCGACGCUAGGAAAGAUCUGCGAGGUGCAGAUCCACCGCGGGGGCCUCGGGGGGCGCAGACCUGCAGAGCUGGAGGCCGGCUGGAAGGUUGGCUGCUGGAGGAACGGUGCAGAGUAAAUGAAGAGAGCAAACUGGAAUAACUCCUAUCAGACAAGAAGGGAAGCAAGCUUCGCUGUAGACACCAGGUCUUCUGAAAGCCAUAGCAGUGCCUCAGAACAGGGCAGUGGCCGAGGCAAUGGUGGGAGUGCCGAAGAGACCGCAUGGCUACUGAGGGCACGACUGGCUCAGGGAGCAGAGUGGUGGCGGGCAUGGUGUGCAGUCUGUGGCUCCUGGUUCUAGGGUCAUCAGUUCUGGCUCUGGAAGAGGUGCUGCUGGAUACCACAGGAGAGACCUCUGAGAUUGGCUGGCUCACCUACCCACCAGGUGGGUGGGAUGAGGUGAGUGUUCUAGAUGACCAGCGCCGUCUGACUCGGACCUUCGAAGCGUGCCACGUUGCAGGGCUCCCUCCUGGUUCUGGCCAGGACAAUUGGCUGCAGACACACUUUGUGGAGCGGCGAGGGGCCCAGAGGGCACACAUCCGCCUUCACUUCUCUGUACGAGCCUGUUCCAGCCUGGGUGUGAGUGGGGGUACCUGCCGAGAGACCUUCACCCUUUACUACCGGCAGGCUGAUGAGCCAGACGGCCCCGACAGUAUUGCGGCCUGGCACCUCAAACGCUGGACCAAAGUGGACACAAUUGCAGCAGAUGAGAGCUUCCCUGCCUCCUCUUCCUCUUCCUCAUGGGCUGUGGGACCCCACAGGACCGGUCAGCGGGUGGGACUGCAGCUGAAUGUCAAAGAGCGCAGCUUUGGUCCUCUCACUCAACGUGGCUUCUAUGUGGCCUUCCAGGACACAGGGGCCUGCUUGGCCCUUGUGGCAGUCAAACUCUUCUCCUAUACCUGUCCCUCCGUCCUGCGUGCCUUUGCCUCUUUUCCUGAGACACAGGCCAGUGGAGCUGGAGGUGCUUCCUUAGUAGCAGCUGUGGGCACCUGUGUAGCUCAUGCAGAACCAGAGGAGGAUGGAGUAGGAGGCCAGGCAGGGGGCAGCCCCCCAAGGUUACACUGUAAUGGCGAAGGCAGGUGGAUGGUAUCUGUGGGAGGCUGCCGCUGCCAGCCUGGACACCAGCCUGCUCGUGGAGACAAGCUCUGCCAAGCCUGCCCUGAGGGAUCCUAUAAGGCCCUGGCUGGGAAUGUUCCCUGUUCACCAUGUCCAGCCCGCAGCCACUCCCCUGACCCGGCAGCCCCAGUUUGCCCAUGUCUCCAAGGCUUCUACAGGGCCAGUUCGGACCCACCAGAGGCUCCCUGCACUGGUCCUCCAUCUGCUCCCCGGGAGCUAUGGUUUGAGGUGCAAGGCUCUGCACUCAUGCUGCACUGGCGCCUGCCUCAGGAGCUGGGUGGACGAGGGGAUCUGCUCUUCAAUGUUGUGUGCAAGGAGUGUGGAGGUCACGGAGAGCCCAGCAGUGGGGGGAUGUGUCGCCGCUGCAGGGACGAGGUGCAUUUCGACCCCCGCCAGAGGGGACUGACUGAGAGUCGAGUGUUAGUUGGGGGGCUCCGAGCACAUGUGCCAUACAUCUUGGAAGUGCAGGCUGUCAAUGGGGUGUCUGAGCUCAGCCCUGACCCUCCCCAGGCAGCAGCCAUCAAUGUCAGCACCAGCCAUGAAGUCCCUUCUGCAGUCCCUGUGAUGCACCAGGUGAGCCGGGCAGCCAACAGCAUCACAGUAUCCUGGCCACAGCCUGAGCAAACAAAUGGGAACAUCCUCGACUACCAGCUGCGCUACUAUGACCAGGCAGAAGAUGAAUCCCACUCCUUUACCAUGACCAGUGAGACCAACACUGCCACUGUGACACGGUUGAGCCCUGGCCACAUCUAUGGCUUCCAGGUGCGGGCACGGACUGCAGCUGGCCACGGCCCCUAUGGGGGCAAAGUCUAUUUUCAGACAUUGCCUCAAGGUGAACUGUCCUCCCAGCUUCCAGAGAAGCUGUCCUUGGUGAUUGGUUCCAUCCUGGGGGCCUUGGCCUUCCUUCUACUGGCAGCCAUCACUGUACUGGCUGUCAUCUUCCAGCGGAAGCGUCGUGGGACCGGCUACACAGAACAACUGCAACAAUACAGCAGCCCAGCAUACCUUCAUAGCACACUGCCCUCUUCAGGACUUGGAGUGAAGUAUUACAUUGACCCUUCUACAUAUGAUGACCCCUGCCAGGCCAUCAGAGAGCUUGCUCGAGAGGUUGACCCUACAUAUAUCAAGAUUGAAGAAGUCAUUGGGGCAGGUUCCUUUGGAGAAGUGCGUCGGGGCCGACUGCAACCCCGGGGAAGGAGGGAACAAGCUGUGGCUAUCCAGGCCUUGUGGGCAGGGGGUGCUGAGAGCCUGAAGAUGACCUUUCUGGGUCGGGCAGCACUGCUGGGCCAGUUCCAGCAUCCCAAUAUCCUGCGGCUGGAAGGUGUAGUCACUAAGAGUCGGCCUGUCAUGGUGCUGACAGAACUCAUGGAACUUGGUCCCCUGGACAGCUUUCUUAGGCAGCGAGAGGGCCAGUUCAGUAGCCUGCAGCUGGUGGCCAUGCAGCGGGGUGUGGCUGCUGCCAUGCAGUACCUGUCCAGCUUUGCCUUUGUUCACCGAGCACUCUCGGCCCGAAGUGUGCUAGUGAAUAGCCACCUGGUGUGUAAGGUGGCACGUCUCGGCCACAGUCCUCAGGGUUCAAGUUCCUUGCUUCGCUGGGCAGCCCCAGAGGUCAUUACACAUGGGAAGUAUACAACAUCCAGCGAUGUCUGGAGCUUUGGGAUACUCAUGUGGGAAGUGAUGAGCUAUGGAGAACGGCCCUACUGGGACAUGAAUGAGCAGGAGGUACUAAACGCAAUAGAGCAAGAGUUCCGGCUGCCCCCACCUCCAGGGUGCCCCCCUGGACUACAUCUACUGAUGCUAGACACUUGGCAGAAGGACCGUGCCCGUCGGCCUCAUUUUGACCAGCUGGUAGCUGCAUUUGACAAGAUGAUACGCAAGCCUGAUACUCUCCAGGCUGAAGGGGGCUCAGGGGACAGGCCUUCCCAGGCUCUUCUGAACCCUGUGGCCUUGGACUUCCCUUGCUUGGACUCUCCCCAGGCCUGGCUUUCAGCCAUUGGACUAGAGUGCUACCAGGACAACUUCUCCAAGUUUGGUCUUUCCACUUUCAGUGAUGUGGCUCAGCUCAGCCUGGAAGACCUGCCAGGCCUGGGCAUCACCCUAGCUGGCCACCAGAAGAAACUUCUGCACAACAUUCAGCUCCUCCAGCAGCACCUGAGGCAGCCAGGCUCAGUGGAAGUGUAAAGCCUGCUCGGGAGUCUGUGAGCCGCCGAUGCCCCAACCCAGUCCUGGCCAUAGGGUGGAGAAGGGGCGUGUGAGACUGAGUCAGGCUCUACUCCAGCUUCCAUGCCUGUCACAUUAAACCCAGCCCUCUGGACAUUGCACCCCCAAAUCCUGCUCUUCCAACAGCCUCCCCCAUAUUAAAAGGAAAGAAGGGAA